AUGAGAACGGCGGUUGCGGUUGUGCUGAUGGACGUGGUGACUGUGUGGUACGGUGACAGAGUAGGCAAGAGCUUAGUUGAGCCUGUAAGCUGCCAAUGUUGUGUUUCCAGAGGAGCCGACGAACUCUACAGUGAGCUACGAGUCGCGAGGCAAGAUCACGUAGACUACGAAGUUACAUGGGCAAGUCCAUCGUCAGACUGGCUGUACGUAGCUUGGUGGGCAUUGCGGAUGAGCACCCGUAGUGGCGACCCUAUUUUCCAACUAUUAUACAACAGAAAUCCAAGCAAGAGUCGGGGAGCACUCAGCAGUCUGGGCACCAGACCGCCCCGAUCUGCGCGCGGAGCGCCGCGUGAGCUGACGACGGGAGGGGAAUGGCGCGGGUGUGGCAUGUAUUUCCUGCCAACCUACCCCAACUCCCCUCAGAGCUCUCAGGGAUUUUGUAAACUGCAGUUGCUGUUACCGUCACCGCUCCUGGAUCUGGGAUCUACUGGCGCUGGAUUCGGGUUCUGCGUUAUUGUGGUGGUGGCAAAGGAAGACUCUAUCCGUGGAGCCUGGACUGGGUUCGGUGGUUCACUUGGUUUCUUCGAGGUGGUCGGCGCUUCUGUCCUUGGAGAGGAGGGUGGAAGAUUGAGCGAGAACGGCCGAGCCUAUUCCGCCAACCCCAACCCAGAAACCUAUCAAAUUGGCUGUUGGUGUCACUGUGCAGUGGUUUGCUUGGUUGUUCGAGUCUAA